CUGGCUACUACGAAGACGCUUGUCGAGGGCAUGAUCGGUGUCGACAUGCAAGGGGCGUGCGGCGCCAUGUACGACGGUUGGACGUGCAACUUAGAGCACUAUGUUGUUGUAUUUGGCGUGUUCUGCAAGAACGGGAAACUUGAGCAACCGCUCCUUGCUAUUGCACCAAUGGGAGAGGGCGAUCUGACGGCCCCAGCGCAUUGCGCAUUCAUCACGCGCGUGUUCGAGAAAUACAACCAAUCACUGGAGAGCUUGGCGUUUUUGAUUGGCGACAAUUGUGCCACCAACCGAGCAGCUGCGACACGCCUCGAGGUCCCGCUGAUUGGCUGUGCAUCUCACCGCUUUAACUUGGCGGUGAACAAGUAUCUGGAGGACUACACGGAAGAGGUGAGUGUAGUGAGCGCGCUGAUGCAAGCGUUGCCCACCAUCAACAAUCGCGCUGCGUUGAAGGACCAGACGAAGCUGUCGCCGCUGCGCCCGAACGUGACCCGUUGGGGCUCAACCUUCAAGAUGUUGGCGCGCUACGUUCGUAUCCGGGACGAUAUCAAGCAAGUAGAGGCUGUCUUCGAUCUCAUCCCCACGGCGGCAAUGCACGAACGUAUCAAGAGCCUUCUCGAGGACCUACGGAUUUUCGACAGCGUCACCGUUGCACUCCACUCCGACGACCUGUCACUUGCAGAUGUGCGUGUACUUUUCGACUCUAUUGUUGAGCGCUUCCCGCUGCUGAAGCCAAAGCUCGGCCCCACGGCAAGCAUCGUGCACUCUCCCAGCUUCGAGACGGCUGCUGUGAAGGUAUGUUAUUAUUUUCGGAAAAUGAUGCCCCCUACGAGCAACCGCUGCAAACGCCUCUUUUCUCAAGCCAAGCUGGUGAUCACGCCACAGCGGUCGUCGUUGUUGCCUGAGAAUUUUGAAAUGUCGAUGUUUUUACGUGCGAACAGGCGCUACUGGGACGUCAACACUGUCAACGACGUCUAUCGCCAACUGCGGGGCUCCUCGUAA